AUGCUGGGGAUUGAGCAGCUCGCGCGGAUCGAUUCCCGUCUGCGACAGGCCUUUCCACAGCGUAGCCUCGAGUUCUUUGGUGGUAUGAGCGUCUUGCUUGUGGGCGAUUUCUUCCAGUUACCACCAGUCCGGCAAAAGCCCCUGUAUUCGACUAGCACCAGCCUGUCUGCGUUGGAAAGGAGAGGGCAUGUGGCCUACCGGUUAUUUGAUCGCACCGUCUUCCUGACCACGGUACAGCGCCAGGCUGGUGAUGAUCAGGCCCAGUUCCGUCAGGCGUUGCAGGAACUGCGUGAAGUCAAGCUAACGCAGAGCGAGGUUGACAGCUUCAAGGCCGCUUUGCGGGUGUAUUCUACAAGGGCGCGGGUGGAGGCAAAGAAUCAGGGCAAGGGCGCGGGGCAGGCACCAAGCGACAAUGCUGGCAAUCUAUCUAACAAGUUCCCCAUUGCUAAGGGCGCCAGGGGUACUGUAUACGAUAUCGCCUGGAACGCAGGCGCCGAACCAUUGGAAGAUCCCCCGGCCGUUAUUAUGGUGGACUUUGAUAGCUACGACGGACCGCCAUAUCUAACAACUAACGAGGGCAGGAAAAUCUCACCCAUCCUCCCAGUCAGGCGAGACUUCCUUGUGGGCAACGAGACCUGCGCUCGCACGCAGUUUCCCCUGAUCGUGGCGUUUGCCAUCACUGUUCACAAAUGCCAGAGCCUAACGAAGGAUCAAAUAGUUACUGAUCUCGCUACACGUGACUUCCAGGCCGGCAUUAGCUAUGUUGCUGUCUCACGGGUUACGUCGCUGCAAGGCUUACUCCUCGAGGCGCCUUUCGAUCGUCAGAGCCUCUAUAACCACACGCCGACGGAAGGGAUGAAGAUGCGCCUCGCUGACCAACAACGGCGUCAGGGUCAACAGCUGACCGACGCACCAUAUACACCACGCUACCUUGACUAA